ACCAUCGUAUAUUCAGUUUAAGCUUCAUUUCUUCUGAGGUUAUAUAGUUUUUUUCUGUUGCUUUACUUGCAGAAAGAAACUAAUGGAGGGUUCAUUACGAUAUAACAGGGCUUCCCAAGCUCAGCCUUCCACUUCAACAAAACAAAUAAGAAGUGGAUAUGAACCCUCUGAUACGGAGACCGAGUGGUCUGAGAGCCCGUGGCUUGGGCACCAUCCAAAGGAAGAAGUUUUGGCUUAUCAAGCUCCGAAAAUGGAGACUGAUUUACCGAAAAACAACGCCACCAUGAGUCCUUUCAGGCACCGCCGUCGACAUGCUUCAAAGAUUGAGAACGAAAAUGGGUCUGUUUCUUCUCCAAAAGUUAGCCCGUUGAAGAGGAGAGACAACGGCAAGUCACCCUACAAGACAAGAAAUAUCAGUCCCUUCUCAAAAUCUGAGCGUCGAAGACAUGCUUCAACUUAUAUGCUUGGGAGAGAGGAGCUUGGUUUGAGUGGUAAUAUGGUUGAGGAUAAUGAGAUUGUGGGGGCUAAUAGAAAUCAAAGCCGGAGAACACCAUCUAGAGAUGAAAAAGGAGAUAACUACUCUCAGCUUCCUGAUGUGGGGGCUUAUAGUCGUCGAUCGAAGACGGCACCAAGACUAAGAACGAGAGACAAAGACCAACAAAACAAUCACGGCCAUGUAGAGCAAAGAGAUCACGGAGUAUUAUCACCACUGUCAAGGAACGUGAUUCGGAAACAAAGAGAGACAGCUCCCCAAGUGAAAGCAACAUCUGUUGGUGAACUCAAUGAAAUGGUUGCACGUGUGAAGAUCUCUAAAAGUCCCAGAAAUAACCCUCUAAACUUUGAGAGCACUGAGUCGAUUUCGCCUGGAGAUAUAUUCUUUUCUCGUGAAGUUUUUGCGAAGAAUGGUUGCGAUCAAGUCCAAGUCCCCCAAAAUUUGUCUCCAAGGCCAACAAGUUUUUCACAAAGAGAUUCUUUUUUUCAUCAAAAUGGUAGAACAAAUGGUAGUAUUGAUCAUAACCCCGCAAAAGCUUCAGCAAGUUCGGGAUUUUCUCGUGUAACCAUGACAAACAACUCUGCCUAUAGCAGACAGAGCAGUGACAAGUUGAGCUCGGAGACUAGUAAAGUAAGUGGUGCAAGUAGGAAGUCAACCGGGAGCUCGAAAAAGUUUGUGAUGAACAGGCAGAAGAGUCAAUCAGAUGCGUGGUUUUCUUGUAUGAGGAAGGGAAAUUGCAGAAGCUCAAAAUCCAGAUCACCGCCUCGUGAGAAACGAGCAUUUGAUGAAGCUUCCUUCAUUGAGAAGGCAUUUGUGGUUGAAAAUCUGAGACAAUUUUGGGCCGAUAAGUAUCAACCUAACUCGUUGAAUGGAUUCACUUGCCACAAACAUGAAGCUCAGCUUCUCAAGCAACUUGUUUCCGAGGACAACUUGCCCCAUAUCUUGUUAAAGGGACCGUCUGGUUCUGGGAAAAGAGCACUAGCUAUGGCUCUGCUGCGAGAAAUAUAUGGUGAUCCUAGUUGGAAUGAAAAAAGGCCUAUGCAAGUGUUCGUCCCAGUAGCAUCCAGUGCUCACCACGUAGAGCUCCAUGUUAACUCGGAACCAAAUGCUAAAUAUGCACUGAUGGGUUUAGUCAAGGAAAUAAGAAAUGAAUAUAAUAUAAUCCCUGAAGUCAGCAAUGUAAAUUUCAAAACUGAUUACAAAGUAAUACUUCUCGAUGAAGUUGACCAAGCUGGAGACAGCAUCCAGCAUUUGAUCAAAUGGAUUAUGGACUGUUACUCAGAUGCUUGUAAACUCAUUCUCUGCUGUGAAGAAGAUGUACACAUUAUAGAAACUGUGAAAAACCGCUGCAAAGUUAUCAAGGUCGAUGCACCUGUAACUCAUGAAAUCAUAGAGAUUCUCGUUCAGAUAGCGAAGAAAGAGGAGUUCGAACUAUCCAUGAACUUUGCCGCUAAGAUUGCUACCAAAUCAAAGCAAAACUUGAGAAAAGCUAUAAUGUCUCUUGAAGCAUGUAAAGCACACAAUUAUCCUUUUGCUGAUGACCAACCAAUUGCACUUGGAUGGGAAGAGGUCUUGGUAGAACUGGGUGUCGAAAUUUUGGCUGAUCCAUCACCUAACAGAUUAUUCUUGGUGCGGGGAAAGAUUCAGAAGCUUCUUGUGGAUUUUGUUCACCCCAAACUAAUUCUUUUGAAGCUCGUCGAAGAGUUCCUUAAGGGUGUUGAGGGUAGCAUAAAAAGAGAAAUAUAUUACUGGCAUGCUUAUUAUGAAAAGAGACUUCCAACAGGAACAAGUGCUUUACUGAAACUGGAAGAAUUUGUGGCCAAAUUCAUGAGCGUAUACAGAAAGAGUUUGACAAAUCGUCAAUAUAUGUGAUUCUCCUGGGACUGGAAUGAAUGUUGCAGUCACCUUCUUACAUAUCUAUAGGUUUUUGUUGAGUUGUUGUCAUUUUAUUUCACCUCUCAAUGCCAAAAAUUUUCAGAACUAUACAAUUAGAGGCCCCUGCGUU